AUGAAGAACUUGGUCGGAGCCACUCUGGUGACAGUCGCUGCUACUGCCACUGCAACUGCGACUAGCACAUCUGCUCCUGCAUCAGGACCAACCGGCGCCAGCUAUGCAUCUGGAUUUGACAUGACCAAGAGCUGGGCCAAUCUCAGCCCCUAUAAGGACGCAGACAGUUUCGGUGUCCCCAAGGGUGUGCCGCAAGGAUGUGAACUUUCCCAAGUCCAUGUCCUGCACCGCCAUGCUCAGCGUUUCCCCACGAACUACCCGCUUGAUGGCGAGGGAAUGACCGACUUUGCAGCAAAGUUGACCAACUACAGCAAGGCCAACCCGGAUAAGACCGUGGCUGUCGGCCCCUUGAAGUUCUUGAACAGCUGGGACUAUGUUCUUGGUGAAGACACUCUCAUGGAGAACGGUGCUGCCACUGAGGCUACAUCUGGUGCCAACUUCUGGAUCAAAUACGGAAGACUUUUGUACCGUGCUGGGCGCGAAAAUGUCGCUGCCUGGAGCUCAUCUCUCAACGUUUAUACAAACGGAACCGACCGUCCCAAGCCCGUUUUCCGUACCACCUCUCAAGCUCGCAUUCUUGAGAGCGCGCGUUGGUGGCUCAGUGGCUUCUUUGGUAACAGUGGCGCCAACAGCUCUUACGAUCAAUAUGAUCUUGUCGUGAUCCCUGAAGAGGGCGACUUUAACAACACCCUCGCUUCAUAUGAAGCGUGUACAGGCGACAUGACUGAAGGUGACAAUGCUGCCGAAACUUUCAUUUCUCGAUACACCAAGCAUGCACGCUCUCGUCUGUCCUCUUACUUCCCCCCUGACUUCAACCUGACCACGAUGGACGUGCUUGCUAUGCAAAACCUCUGCGUAUACGAGUACACCAGUCUUGGUGGUUCGUCAUUCUGCUCUCUUUUCACCGAGCAGGAGUGGAAGGACUUUGGUUACAACAUUGAUGUGCAAUACUACGGAGACUAUGCCUAUGGCUCCCCUAGUGGUCGUGCUCAGGGUAUUGGCUAUGUGCUCGAACUCGCGGCUCGCCUCGAGCACAAGCUCAUCACUUCCAGCGACACCAGCAUCAACUACACUUACACCGAUAACACCAAGCAGUUCCCCUUCGGCCAGCCUUUCUACAUGGACAUGUCUCACGACGACAUCAUUCUGUCAGUGGUCAACGCCCUCGGCCUCGAAUACUUUAACUUCGGCCCCAAGGGUCUGCCGGUUGACAUUGACCAUGCGCCCGAGCGUACAUUCUCUCUCAGUCAGAUGACACCCUUCGGUGCCCGACUCAUGUCUGAGAUCUGGACCUGCCCCAGCGACAUCUCAUUCGACUCUUUGGACCCUGUUCUCUACAACAACCCUACCCACAACUCGACUGCUGAGACCAAGGACUACAUCCGAUUCGUGCUGAACAACGCCCCUCUGCCCCUGGACGGACUUGUCGGAUGCGAGGAUUCCAAGAACGGGUUCUGUCACGUUGAGAAGUUCUUGAAGGGUGUCCCUACUAUGAAGCACAAGGCGCAGUACCAAAAGGCCUGCUUCGGUAAAUACCCUACCGGAAGUCAAGUCGGCGAUGGUGCCCCUGAAUCUUAA